AUGGAUGCUGAUGCGAGAUCUCUAAAUGACCUUCUUGAAUCUGGUGGUCUCAAGCAGAUGAUUUCAGAGCCUACUCAUAAACGUGGUCAUACACUGGAUCUCCUGAUCGUCAGAGAAAGUGAAGGUAUCAUUGACAACAUUAGAGUACUACCUGCAAUGCCAUCUGAUCAUGCGGCAAUCAUGUUCACAGCAGCACUUGCUCGUCCACCUGCAUCAAGGCAGCAAGUUCGCCAUCGUAUGCUUCGUAGCAUCGACUAUGAACAAUUCAGCCGUGAUAUUGAAGGUAACUUCUCAAACAUUGGAGACCUUGACGAUCUUGACUUAGCCCAAAAGGUUGACACUUAUAACUCUACUCUAAAAGCCGCCCUUGACAAGCAUGCUGCAAUAUCUUCCAGGAGUAUUCAGCUACGCCCACAUGCCCCAUGGUAUGAUGAAUCUCUGAAAGCCCGACCACGAAAGUUGCGUUCUGCAGAAAGGAAGUGGCGAAAAUCCGGAACUGUCACAGACAAACAGAUGAUGAAAGCUUCAUUGACUGAUUAUCAAUGUGUACUCAAGAAAGCAAAAUGUGCCUACCAUCGAGAGAAAAUAGCUGGUAGCAACAGCAAGGAGCUUUUCAAAGUUGUACACGAAUUAACAGUCGAGCGAUCUGAUCAACUGUUGCCAUCCCACAGCUCGAAGGAUGAACUUUGUCAACGAUUUUCAGACUACUUCAACGACAAGAUAUCCAAACUUCGAGCAUCAACUACCAACGUCAAGCUGUCACCUGUACCAUCCUCUACUGAAGCUACCUUGGAAAGGUCUGCAUGUCAACUUGAAGAAUUCCAUCAAGUUUCAGAGAAAGAUGUUCGCAAGAUUAUUAAAUCUAAGAAGGUGAAAACUUGUGCACUUGACCCUGUUCCUGCAUGUGUCUUUAGCGGAUGUCUUAAUACUCUUCUUCCUGCCAUCACAGACAUGGCAAAUCAGAGUCUUAUGUCUGCCAAUUUUCCAACUUCACUCAAAUCUGCAGUUGUUACACCAAUACUGAAAAAGCAGAAUCUAGAUCCUGAGGACUUGAAGAACUUUCGUCCGAUAUCAAACAUCCCGCUACUUGGGAAAGUGAUCGAACGUGUGGUCAGUCAGCAGCUUACAUCAUAUCUGGCUAGUAACUCUUCUCCCAUCUAG